CGCAACAUUUGACAAGUAACUCUGCACACACAACUAUGAAGAUCGCCUGGUUCUUCCUGUGGAUCGCUCUUGCCAGUGGUUCCAACGCCAACGUCAAAGUCGACGAAUCCAAUAGAUAUAUGGACAAAUUACUCCAGCAAACCUUCCCACAAAGAGGCGGAGUUUUAGGAGGGUCGCGUCUCGAUGGAUUCUGGAUCAAGAUCGACAAGAACUCAGAUCUUAGGAUUGGCAAACGAGAAACUCUUGCUCUGCACCAAAUGCGAGGGACGUCUGCAAAGAGCACCUCGACGUCCGGAGGCCACCUGCCCCACGGGGACCAUUUGACGAAACGAUAUAUCAGAAUGCGGAAACAGAAGCAGGUGGAAGUGAUUAUGGGCGACGGCACCGUCAGCGAUCUGCACGGACUCAAAAGACUCGGAGACUGUUCACCGCCCACGUGGCAACUUAACACUGUUGUCUUGUCCUGCUACGUUUCUCUAAACGGCGUUACAGCCAACUACAGAGGAAAAAUCGCCCGCGAGAAACGUAGAGGAUUUAUCACCACCGAUUCCCAUCAGGAUGAAAUCACAGCUGAAGCUGUUAUGACGGACGCCAAGGCUUUCAUCGAGGUGUCCGGAGCACCAGGUGGUCAACCGACCUUGUCUUCCUGGAGUGUGAUGCCUUACAACCUCGACAUGAGCUACUCCGAUUCCUUGAAUGAUGUGUACUACGAUCUGAAAAGCAAGCUUCAGAAAGAAUUGGAAAAACACAUCAAGGAAAAACUUGACAGCUUCCUCUACAGUCAACUGAAGUGUGGCCUUGAAACCGCUGUUCGGGUUGAUCCCCUGCCGAUGCCCUCACGUACGUAAGGCCUCAAAAACCCAGAGAUGCGAAUAAAAUAUCUAACA